UCCCUCUGGUAGCAUAUUGGCGCGGGAAAAAUUGCCCGGCCGUCCUUGUCGGUGAACUCCAGCGCCCGUCUCUCUCUCUCUCCCCCUGUAACUGUAAGUCGAGGUUUUCAUCCGAUUCGUUUUCUCCAAACCCCAUUCCCAGAAUGGAGGACAUGGAGACAACACUGAAAACAGUCUCCGCAGCCCUCGAACUCGUCGACUCCAAGAAAGAAAACCUCCGCAAAGCCUACGAAAACCUCCAAUCCCACCACCACCCCUCCACUUCUCUGUCCUCCCCCGCCUUAAACGCCCUCACCUGGCCCGACCUCGACUCCCACUUCUCCUCCCUCCACUCCUCCCUCCUCUCCCAAUUCUACCUCCUCCAAAACCAACACCAAUCCCAACAACAAACCCCAGAACAAGCCCAAUCUCAUCCAUGCAAACAAACCCCAAUGCAACCGCAAUGUCACCCAUCCGAACCAAACCCAAUUCAACCCCAAUUGGAGCCACCCAAAGCAAACCCAAUUCAAUCCCAAUUGGAGCCACCCAAAGCAAACCCAAUUCAAUCCCAAUUGCAGCCAUACGAACCGGUCCCAAUUCAACCCAUAUUGCAGCCAUCCGCAGCAAACCCAAUUCGACCUCAAUUGCAGUUAUCCAAACCAAUCCCAGUUCAAACCCAGACGGGUCCACCCAACAAGCCGCUCCCAAACCCAGGCCGAUCCUCAUCUGCAAUUGUGCUAAAAGACUCCUCGACACAUGGGUCUGAUACGGUGUACGUGGGACCCGAGCUGAAGUUCCUGUGCGAGAAGAUGGACGGGCCGGGCUUGAGGGACUACGUGGCCGAGAACUACUCGCGGGUGAGCGAGCACAGGGCCGAGCUGGCCGGAGCGUUGUUAGGGCAUGCGCUGGACGCGGCGGCUAUGGUCUUGGACGCGAUGGACGGGUUUUAUUGGAGGAGCAGCUGUGUGGUUUUGUUGGAGGUGUUGACGAAGUUGAAGCCGGAGAUUCGGGGGGAACUGAGGGAGAGGGCAGAGAAAUUGGCGGCGGAGUGGAGAGGGAAGGUGGGGGGGAGUGCCGAGGGCGCGAAGCCAAUGGAGGCAUUUGCGUUUUUGAAUCUCGUGGCGGCUUUUGAUUUGGUUGGUGGUGUUGGGUUUGGUUGGGAGGAUCUUGUUGAUUUCGCUGCCCGUGCUGCGUUUUACAGGCGAGCUGCUGAGUUGUUUCGGGUGCUUGGUUUUGGCGAGAGGAUGUCUGAUCUUGUUUUGAAACUUAUUACUAAGGGCCAACCACAUCUGGCGUUCAAGAUUAUUUAUGAAUUUGAGCUUACUGAUAAGUUCCCACCAGUGCCCGUCUUGAAAGACUGUGUGGUGGAGUCCAAAAGGCUUGCUGCGAAAAUUCGCCAGGAUGGACACUUUUCUCUUCAAUCUCUGAAUAAGGCCAGAAACGAAGAAAUCAGUGCAUUGAAAUAUGCAAUCAAAGUCAUUAAUGCUUACAAUCUUGAAUCCGAGUAUCCAAAAUACAACCUUGUAAAGCGCAUUGAGAAGCUAGAGAAGAAACAAUUUGCAUCAGCUUCUCUUUCCAAGCCUCAGCAGAAGUCAAAACCACAGAAGCUAAGUGGAAGCAAGCGUUUUCAAACUAGUGGUCUGGCAUAUGUUCCAAACAUUAAACCUACUGCCCAAGCCGAGAUGAAAUCCUUUUGUGAAAAGAUGGACGGGUUAGGUUUGAGGAAUUACAUAGCCGAGCAGUAUAGGGAGCAGACCGCUAUUAGGAUUAAGUUGCCGCACCCGCUGCGUAAUGCCCUACGUCACGCACCAGACGCCGCGGGGAUGGUUUUGGACGGGAUGGAGGGUUUUUACUCACCGAAUUCAAAGGGUAAUAAGGAUAAGGUACUUCGUGUUGUGAGGAUAAUCUGCGUGGCUUUAUUGGAGGAGUUGACGGGGUUGAAGCUGGAAAUUAGCGCCGAAGUGAAGGGGAGGGCAAAGAAAUUGGCAGUGGAGUGGAGAGGGAAGGUGAAUGUUGAUGGUGAGAAUCCUCUGGAGGCAUUUGGGUUUCUUAAUCUUGUGGGGGCAUUUGGUUUGGUGGAUGUGUUUAGUAUGGAGGAUCUUGUUGAUAUCGCUGUUGUUGUGGCAAAGUAUGAACAGGCUACUCAAUUAUGUCGGGUGCUUGGUUUCAGGGAUAGGAUAUCUGAUCUUAUUACAAAACUCAUUAGUAGGGGCAAACAACUUGAGGCGAUCAAAUUUAUUUUUGAGUUUGAGCUUACAGAAAAGUUCCCACCCGUUCUCGUCUUGAAUGAAUAUGUGGAGUCUUCCAAGAAGCUUGCUGUCAAAAUUUGCGAGGACGGAUGCUAUUCUUUUGACUCUCUGGAGGAGGCCAGAACCAAAGAAGUCGGUGCAUUAAAAUCUGCAAUUGAAAUCAUUCAGGUUCACAAGCUUGAAUCUGAGUAUCUGAAGGAGAACCUAGCAAGACGCAUCACAGAGCUAGAGAGGGAACGAUUUUCAUCAGGUUCUGCUUCCAAGCCUCAGCAGCAGUCCAACCCACAGAGGCUGAGUGGAAACAAGCGUUCUCGAACUACUGCCCCAAAUGGUCUGGCAUCAAUUCCAAACAGUAAUGCUGCUACCACAUCAGCCAGUCCUGCAUUUCAGCAGUCUCAGUUACAUCCAGCAGGUUUGUUGCCAGAUCAUCCUGCUUUAGGUUUCCCUGGAAACUUAAUGCCUACACAGCAGUAUGCACCCCCUUCAGAAUCACACAUGCCGGCUGUUUACUUUGAUAGGCCAGUUGCUUAUGGUAGGUAUGGCUUCCCCCAUCAACACCAUCCGUCUUAUUACCCUCAGUAGGUCUUUGUACUAUUCGGGCUUUUAUGAUGGUGUAAAUAUUCGACAACGUCGUAGCAUUUGUCUCACUAUGCAGCACUAGGUAUUGGAAAGCAUAUUUUUCUUUUUAAUCACCAAGAUUCUAGCACCACUAGGUUUGGUGUAUCUGAUAUUUGUUGAAGUGUAUUGAAGCGGUGGCUGUUUUGUGUCACACUUCUCCUCACUAUAAAACUAUAUUGGUUAAGAUGUUUUGACAUCACUUGUGAAUUGUUUUGUUUGAGAUCAUUUAAUUUAAGGGCUUUUAGGGAUGGAA